GGGCUUCUAACUCAAUGAGGGAAGCUCUGUCACAGGACCUAACUGGCUGCUUAUUCAGUUUCAUACUGCCUCUUCUCCCGACUGCAGAAGAGUACGCGAUAAAAGAACAGACGAGGCUGUUAUUAGAGAAGUUGAUAGAUAGAGUCAGUCCCGGUGCAAGACUAAUAGCUUUUGGUUCUAUGGCAAACGGUUUCGCUUUGAGGAAUUCAGAUAUGGAUCUACAAUGCAUUCUAGACCCGGCGUCUGAACCACUGUCAUCCUCAGAACUAACGACAAUAGUUGGCGAAUUAAUUAGACAUGAAACUAACUUUCACGUCAAACCACUCCCGAAAGCUCGUAUUCCUAUCAUAAAGCUCACCUUGGCACCCACUCCUGCUCUGCCGUAUGGUAUAGCAUGUGAUAUCGGCUUUGGUGGUCAGCUAGCAUUAGAAAAUACUCGCUUACUUCUUGGUUACGCCUCCAUAGACCCUCCUCGUUUGAGAACCCUCGUCCUUUUCAUAAAAGUUUGGAGUAAAAGGCGUAAAAUUAACAGCGCAUACAGGGGAACACUUAGUAGUUACGGAUUCACCCUUCUUGUCAUCUUCUUCUUGGCUCACGUUAAACGACCACCCGUUCUACCAAACUUACAGCGAAUACCUCCAUUACGACCAGUAAGCCCAGAAUCAGCAAGUUAUGAAGGUAGAAAUAUUUACUUCUUCGAUGAUGUUGCUUUACUUCGUCAGGAAUGGUCAUCCGCUAAUACUCAAUCUGUCGGUGAAUUAUUAUGGGAAUUCUUUAGAUUCUACGCAAAAGAUUUUAACUAUACCCACGAUGUUAUCUCUAUUAGAACUGAAGGUGGUAUUCUCUCUAAGGACGCUAAAGGUUGGGUACAAGAUUUAGAAGUCGAUGGUGCCAGUGAAUUCGCUCGUGAUAGGAAUAGACUUUGCAUAGAGGAUCCAUUUGAUACUACCUAUAACGUAGCUAGAACGGUAACAGCUGAUGGUUUAUACACAAUCCGUGGCGAAUUCAUGCGUGCUUCAAGAAUGUUACAAACUGUAGGAAAAACCGAUAUUUUACCUUCACAAGUACUCGUAGAUCUAUGUGAGGAAAGAGAAGAAGCCCUCGUACCUGCUCCUUUCUCCGCUGGAAAUCGCACACCAAGACCUCUCACGAACCCAUCUUUAGGACCGACGCUAGGACCUUCAUUACAUCCUCCACCUAGCUUACAACCACCUCCAAUUGUACAAACGCAUUCUCACAAUACGCAUAUGACUCAAACUGCAUCUCAACAAUCAUAUUCACCUACUCAAUCGCAAUCCUCAAUCUUCCCUUCAAGAAAAGUCAGCGAUCAAAUAUCAUCACCACCAGCUACAUUUAAUAGACGUAGACAAUCAUCAUCACAUGCUCAAGCGUUAUCAAUAGCAUUAAAUGUUGCUCAAAAUGAAAGGAUGAGGAACGCACAUGAAGAGCAUCUGAUGUAUCAACAUCCUCAGUCACAUACUAAACCAUUAGGUAGUGCUUUCUGGGAAGCAGAAAAUUUAGUUUCAGAUGAAUCCACAAGAACCGAACAAAGUAGUAGUAUACCAAGAAGAGCUAGUUCAGGUGCAAAUGUGGGACCAACUUGGUUAUCUAGAUUACAUGAGAGGAAGUAUGCACCAAAACAUCAUCUUAAAGCUACAAUUCCUAAUGUUUCAGGGCCCUACGCUGAUGCAACAACUCAAGCUGAAAUUGGAUGGCCACCAGUACCAAUACCUGCACCAUUGAGGCAUUCUCCGAGAUUAGCCAAUGCUGCUUUACAUUCACGUGCAUCGAGCAGCGCAGCAGCGGUAGCUGCAGCAGCAACAACCGCUAAUAGUGUGAAUGCUUCACCUUCACAAUUGAUCCAAAAACAAAUAGCAGCUAAUAACAGUGAUAUGAAAAUACGAGUGCCGACGUUUGUUACAAAUGGAGCUGGUCAGCAAAUUAGAAUAACACCAUCAACAUUCACUCAACCGUCUGAGUCUGGUACACCUACAAAUUCACCACCUUUGUCGACAACAUCUACAUUGAGUGCGCCAGUAACAUCAACCGCUCAACCUUCUAGAAAUGGAGAAGAGAAAGAGCAAACAGUAGGACUAGGAUUAGGAUUCCCUCCAUUCCCACUAGCACAACGUUAUACAUUCGGUCAGAACACUUUCGUCGCUUCGGAAAGUCUAACUACGUCUGCAUUAACUCUGGCAGCUGAUGUACGUGUACCACCACCAAGGAUGUCAGCAAGACGUUGGCUUAAAUUGCAGAAACAAGCUACUGCCAGGAAUACACAAACGCCUUCAAAAGCAACAACAACAACGGCAACAACUCCAUCAACUACAACGGGUCGUAAAUUACCUACUCGAUCACGUUCAGUACCUUCAACUCCGAGAGUAUCCAACAAAACGUCUAGAAUAUCAAGUAGAGAGUUUGAGAAGUCAGUAGGUGGUGGCCGAACGUAUUCAAGAAUAAUUCCAAACGCAACUUUACCUCUGUUAGAUGAUAAAGCUGGUGAUGCAACCAAUGUCGAUGAGGAUACACCACCGUUUAAACCAAAUUUGACGACUGGAUUAGAAGAAGGUUUUCCCGCAUUGAGUAAUAACAAUUCACAAGGACAAUUCAAGACUUCUUCAAGCCUGAAUAACCUCUACUCAGCGAGUUUACAAGCAUCACGGAAGAAGCAACAACAGCAACAACAGAGUCAUAAAGAAAAACGUAGGUCUGCUAGUGUUGGUAGCGAAACAAGUAAAAAUAAGUCGAAUAAUUCUAAAAAGAAGUCAAACAAAGAUAAACAACAUCAAAGAAAUAAUUCAUCACAAUCAACUAAAUGAGUUUUACUCACAAAAAAAAGGAUUCUUUUUUUAUAUAUAACAAAUUACACGCACGAUAUGGAAGCAUAUGAACAAAGAAAACACAUCAAUCAAACUUCAUCUUAUCAAUAGAAAAUAUAUAUAACACUGCAUUCAUCAUCUCUAUUUCUAUGAUAUGACUCACAAAAGUGGAUAACAACUAAUCUUCUAAUCGCACAGCAGAGCUUUGUAAUAUCUCCCUACAGCACCCAUUUCCUCUGCUCUUCGCAAUUACUUAUUCUCUUUUCUUUUUUU